UUGUUGAAGCUUAACGAUUCUGCUAAUUAUUUAGUAUUAACCAUGGUUUCAUUCCAGAUGAGGUGAGAGAGAGGCAGUUGUAGCAUAUCAUUAAUCCUCAUACCCAUGUCCACAGAGGUUUAUUUUUACUUAAAAUGUCAACCAAUGUCACGUCACGUUCCAAUGACGAGGGUGUCAUAGGUGAUUUAGUUGUGAUAGGGUGGAUCCAAUGGUUGAAUCUCAAAUCAAAAUGGAUGCUACUGUGUAGCAAUGAAUUAAAAAAGAAAACGUGAUAAGACAAUGAACGAGAGAGAUACCAACUUUCUUGUCUCUACCUAAUGACUGGCCAUUUACAGAGGUCAUUCCUUGCAUGCCCACCUGUCAGCAGCAUCUGCUGAGGAGAAAUUAAAUGUUUUGGUGACGUCAAGACUGAGAGCGCUGGAACUUUGGCAAUCACCAAGGCCCACUAUAGCUCAUAUAAAAGGCCCAGAGAGAGAGAGAGAGAGAGAGAGAAGGGGACGCAAAAUAGAAGUGGAGAGAUAAGAUACCCGAUGGAGGUGUUUAUUUAAGUGGUGUCAUGUCUCUGGCACGUACCAACAACAGGGUUGCCUGAGCUGUCUGUUUUGUAAGAGGCACACAAUAGACAAGAGUAGAGACCAACGGGGGAACUGAUCAGUGGGGCUUCCUCUUUUUCUGCAUUUUCGCAUUGCACUGAGUGUGACUGCGGCAGCCAUGAGUAAACAGACUCUGGCCACUUGUAUUGCCAAGAUGUAUGAAGGCAGCAGGCCGGAGAACUCCGGAACUCCAUCUGGGACAGUCAAGAAGCCGAGUCCAACUCUGAUAGGUAGUCUGAGCAAUGUGGAGGUCAAGUUAAACAACCUGGAGGGGAAGGUGGAACAGAUUGAACUUACCCAGACAGAGGUGCUUCACAAGCUGAGCUUAUUGUGUCAAGGGAUGGAGGCACUAGAAAGGAGCCUUGUGCAGCACAAGCAGGGGGUUCAAGAAUCAAACGGGAUCAAAAAUGGCCAGCGAGAGAGCAACAAGCUCCCUUUGCUGACUGAGGUCAGGUCACUUUGUGGGGAAACUGUGGAUCUGCUUCAUAAUCUCAAGCAGGAGAGUCAGCAGCAGAGAAAGAAGAUCGAAUGUAUGGAAAGUUCUUUGUCCACUCUGGAGAAAGUAAUAGGGUAUGUGGGAGAUGCUUUCCGUAACUCAAAAAUAGUGGAGUUCAUCCUCAAUGGAGUGGUGCCAUGGAGAAGACAAGGCCCUCUGGACACUGUAGAGGAAGAGAAAAACAAACCAGAUGGCAACAGCAUUAAACCAAAUGACAGUUACUGCCACCAGAGCACACAGACUUCAGAGGAGGUGAUUACAGCUGAGACUGAGCUGCAGAAGCCGGAGGUCACUGUUCCCACUGAUCCCAGCAGCCUACCUUCUCCUGAAGCCCUUAGAGGAGCAAGUGAACCUCAGAUACCUGUUAGAGAAAUCUCCAAAGACUUACGAAAGGCCAAAGAAGUCACAGUGAAGAGCAGAGCGCCUGCGCAGGUCCAGACGUUUGGUCCUGAAAUCCAGCUGGAGGCUGAGGAUAUUGACAUUUAUUGUGUACCCAAGCAAGAGACAGACAGCUCAACCGCUACACAAGCUAAUGCUGAAUGUGUCACUGUGACAACAACUAAAGUGGAAAAAGAUUCGUCUCUUCAGCAAGAGAGGGCUCAUGAACAGGCAGAUGUUUCACAGGAUGGCAAUGAGGCUUCACUCGAGACGAUAUUUAAUGGACAACAAGUUGAGCCGAAGGUUGAGGUUCCUCACAAACAGACAGAGGUUUCACAGGUUGGCGACAAGGCCCUUUUGAAACAAAAGCUGGAGAAGAAGGUGGAUGUUCCUCACAAAACUCAGCUCUGCACCGAAGAGCCUCUCAACAAGGAUGCAGAGGUUAAGUCACAACAUAAAGACACAAUAGAGAUGGUAGCACCUGUGCCAAAACAUGAUGAGAGAAAGACAGGAUCUGAGCCAGCUAUCAAGAGAAAUGAAAAUAAAACUGAGUCUGACCCAAUCAUUUUGGAGUCUGACCCAAUAAAGAACUGUGCCGCUCCUAGUCCACAUAACACAACCUUUGUUGAGGAAGAAAAAGCUAAAUUAGCACCUCUGAGAAAAGAAGAGACACAGCUACUGAUCAUCGAUGACAGUCCAUCUCUUCCAGCUCCAUUCGAGCAUCGCAUCGUCAGUGCCAAGCAGGUUCCCAUGAACUCAUAUUACGCAGUCAACCCCAAUGAUGUGCUGGGCGGGGGCCGUUUUGGACAGGUACACAAGUGUGCAGAGUUGUCGUCUGGUCUUAUGCUUGCUGCUAAAAUUAUAAAGGUCCGGGGAAUGAAAGAGAGGGAUGAAGUGAAAAAUGAGAUUGGAGUUAUGAACCAGUUAAACCAUGUGAACCUGAUUCAGCUGUACGAUGCGUUCGAGUCUCGGACUAACCUCACACUCAUUAUGGAAUAUGUGGAAGGUGGUGAAUUGUUUGACCGAAUCAUUGAUGAGAAUUACCAGCUGACGGAGAUGGAUGCCAUUGUGUUUACCAGGCAGAUUUGUGAGGGGGUUCAGUACCUUCACCAGCAGUACAUUCUCCAUUUAGAUCUUAAGCCAGAAAACAUCUUAUGUGUGAACAGCACAGGGAAUCAGAUCAAGAUCAUUGACUUUGGACUCGCCAGAAAGUAUAGACCCAGAGAAAAGCUGAAGGUCAACUUCGGAACCCCAGAGUUCCUGGCACCAGAAGUUGUCAACUAUGACUUUGUGUCAUUUCCUACAGACAUGUGGAGUGUUGGUGUCAUCACAUACAUGCUUUUGAGUGGCCUUUCUCCAUUCUUGGGUGACAAUGACACAGAAACAAUGAACAACAUUCUGCACUCCAAAUGGGAAUUUGACGCAGAGGCAUUUGAGCAUGUGUCAGAAGAAGCUAAAGACUUCAUUUCCAGCCUCCUUGUGCCCGCUAAAUGCAGCCGUCUGAGUGCAUCAGGAUGCAUGAAGCAUAGCUGGCUAAAUAACCUGGAGGACAAAGCCAAGAUGUACAAAGUUCGGCUCAAGUCACAAAUGAGGCUUCAGCGUUACCUUGCUGCUCACCGUCAGUGGAAGAAACAUUUCUAUGCAGUCACUGCAGCAAACAGGUUGAAGAGGUUUCAGCAGAGCAGAUCAGUUAGCGUGCCAAAUUAGUUAUUAACCUGGAGGACAGUGUCUGUAGCUUACGAGGACAUCACAAUGUCACACACUGGAAAAGGAACAUGUCUCAAUUUGUUGAACGAUUUGAAAUGGCUUUGUAGAAAAUGUUUAAUAUGCUCUUGCCUUGUUUAUAGCCAGUGUAAUAGUAUCUUGUUAAAACGUGUCUUUUUUAUGCACCUUGUUUGAAACACUGUUGCAUUUAAUUUUCACCUAAUCAUGCUUUCACACCAGGAGUGUACGGCAUGGAUCACAAGGUGUGCUUUUGAACCACAUGAAAAGCUGUUGUCCCUUCUGUGAAGGUGUUUUUCUUGGGCACUACUGCCUUAUCUUAGUAUUUGAAAGAAAGUGGUUUUGGUUCUCGUUUCAGUAUCUUAUAUUAGUAAAAAAAAAAAAAAUAUAUAUAUAUAUAUAUAUAUAUAUAACAUAGCAUGAAGAUUUGAUGUAGUCAUCCUAAAUGUUUUGUUUAGCACAUUGAUUAGAUCUGGAAACAAAAUCUAAAUAAGAGACUCAACUGGCAUGGUCAUGGUCAUUUAAAAUGAGAACUCUUUUCACUGGUUGUUCAAGAACAUUUGAAUGUUAACAUUGUGACUUAAAACUGCUUUCUACGAAUUUAUUGCAUUGUACACAUUUAUAUUAUAGUUGCAUAACCACAAACACAUAAACAAAGGUGGUUCUGAUCUUGACAUAGCAACUUACAAAGAGCACUGAAGUUAGCAAGGAAUUCUCUAUCAUAGCUCAUAUAGUGCUAGUAUAGAAAUCAUUGUAUUGGUUAUUAACAGACUUGUGACAAAAUAGCCUCUGUAGAAAAUGAGCGUUUAAUCAAGACAUUAAAAACAUGAGAAACCAAGAAAAUUAAA